UUUAGCCUACCAUGGGAGAUGCUUUAGGGUUUAGGGCUCUCGGUGAUCUUACUCUGGAGCUGCAUUGAAGCAAGUGUAGAAGAACAAGACCAGGGCCAGUCGCCGAAAGCUCACCAAGCACCACUUAAAACCCGACCCGACCCAAUUUGCAUCAUAACCUAAAUACUAAAUACUUCUCAAGAUCAUACCUUUCCUCAUCAUCAGACCACUGAGUGAGCCUUGAAAAUGGAGCCUGAGAGAAAGCUAACGGCGGCGGCUGUGGUGGCCUUCCAAGAAGGGGUCGGGCUGGUUCUGUCGCGGUGGUCGGCGCUUCAAUUGGCCGUCGAGAACGAGUGGGGUGGCCGUGAAUCGCGCCUCAAGGCCGAGCAACUGGUCUCUGAUAUCGUCUCCUGGGUCAAUUUCUCCACCGAACCUCUUUAUAUAGAUGAUUUAGAAGAAAUGCUCAUUGAAGCUAUGAGUUUUCUCAAUACUGUGAUAGAGGAUGGUAGCAUUGAGGAGGUAGCUGAAAAAAUAAUGAUUAUGCAUGAAGAAUGUUUGGAUUGCAAUUUCAAGUCUAUUGAAAGCCUAAGGGAAGCCAAUAGUCGAAGAGUUCCUACUCCUCAUGUUAAACAGGUUGUCAAUGAUGAAGAAGACAGUGACGAGGAUGAUGAUGAUACUGAUCCUAGCAUGAAUAAAGAUGAUUCAUCAAACAUGAUUGUGGACAAACCAGAGUCUCAUGCAGUAGAGCCAAAGACCAAGCAGGUAGUUGAAGCGGAAGAUGGUUGGGAGGUAGUCGGAACAAGAAGAAGUAGGGGUAAAAGGAAUUAGGUUAAACCCCUUAUAUGCAAACCCCUGUAUGCUACAUAGUAUACUCAAUUUUUGUCAUCAUUUACUCGUGUGGUAGAGUAAUUAUAUGCAGACCCAGUUGUUUUCAUACCAUGUGUGUAAAAGACGUUAAUCAGUUUUAUAUAUGAUUUUGUGAUUGUUCUUGAA